AUGCGUGGAACACUCCUACGCCGUAUCUAUCCCUCGGCCAAGUUCCCUGUCGCCCGGUAUUCAUUUGCGCGACCAUUCUCCACACACCCAGAACCAAAGCAGGCUUCAUCUUUUUGGACCCUUACAUUUACUCUCGCUAUCGUUGGAGGAGGCGCCUGGCUCCAGGACAAAUACUUCAAUCCCAAAAAUACAUCCACUCCGCAGCCUCAGCUCCCUAAAAAGCCCUCCCUUGGAGUAAUCGAUACCCUCGCGACGAUGCCCGCCGAACUCGCCCCCGGAACAGUCGGGAACCUUACCCCAGAGCAACAAAUCAAGCUACAAGAAUUCUGGGUCCUCGCACUCAAAGUCUUCGGCCUGACCCUCGAAGAACUCGAAGCCCCCCAAUCCACCGCCACCAGCGAUGCCGCAACACCCGCCCCAGCCCAGGAUAAGAAGAAGACCAAGGGCCGGUGGGGGAUUUGGGGCGGCGCCGACGACGCGAAAAGCGGUUCCGACAGUGUCGCUUCCGUCGUCGACGAUGACAAGUACGGCCAGUCCAAGGAGUUCAAGCAGGCGCUGGAGGACAUGAAGCCCGAGGAGAUUCGGACAGCGUUCUGGAGCAUGGUGAAGGGCGAUAACCCGGACUCGCUUCUGUUGCGAUUCCUACGGGCGCGCAAGUGGGAUACCAAGAAGGCGCUUGUUAUGUUGAUUUCUACGAUGCGCUGGCGACUGCUGGAAAUGCAUGUCGACGACGAUAUCAUGUUCAACGGUGAGGCGUCGGCUCUGAAGCAGUCGCAGGGCUCUGAUCCCAAGGAGAAGAAGCGGGGUGAGGACUUCCUCACGCAGAUGCGUCUGGGUAAGAGUUUCCUGCACGGUGUUGAUCGGGCUGGUCGGCCGAUCUGUGUUGUUCGUGUGCGCUUGCACAAGGCUGGUGAUCAGGAUAAUGAAGGGUUGGAGCGGUUUACUGUUUAUACUAUUGAGACUGCGCGUUUGUUGCUUGCGCCGCCCAUUGAGACUGCAACUAUUGUCUUCGAUAUGACGGACUUUGGUAUGGCCAACAUGGACUAUGCCCCCGUGAAAUUCAUGAUCAAGUGCUUCGAAGCCAACUACCCCGAAUCCCUCGGAGCAGUGCUCAUCCACAAGGCCCCUUGGCUAUUCUCAAGCAUCUGGAGCGUGAUCAAGGGCUGGCUCGACCCAGUUGUUGCAGCCAAGAUUCACUUCACGAAGAACCGCAAGGAUCUCGAAAACUUCAUCCACCCGAGCCAAAUCAUGAAGGAGCUCGAAGGCGACGAAGACUGGGAAUACAAAUACGUCGAGGUGCCGGAGAACGAGAAUCCCAGCAUGGCCGACAAGGAAACACGGGAUACUCUCAUGGCCGAGCGCCAAAAGCUCGCCAAGGAGAUCCAGGAUACCACCAUUGAGUGGAUCCGCGCCAGCUUCAAGAAGGAGACUGACGCUGCCUCUGCUGCCGAGCAGAAGCGGAAGACCUUGAUCGACCAGUUGCGUGCGCAAUACUGGGUUCUUGACCCGUAUGUUCGAGCCCGCUCGCUUUACGACAGACUCAAUAUUGUCCAGGGCGGCGGAAAGAUCAACUUCUAUCCUGGCUCGGAGAAGGAGGCAGAGAGCACGUCGGCAUGA